AUGCACUAUAUACGUAAGAUGCAUGGGGUUCAUACUGUUAAUCGGCGCCAAUUGGAAGAAGGUUUUAUACGUAAACUGAACGUGAAAUGCAGUCAGCGGGAUAAUCAUUCAUGUAUGAUGCUUAAACUCAUUGUAUACAUGAAUAGAAUAUUUAAGAAAUCUUCAAUUGAUAUCAAUGAAAAUCUUAAAGUUACUCAAACCAGAGAGCCAACAAUUUCUGAUGAUAAUGAUAAUGAAGAUGAUGAAAUGCUUGCUAGAUCAAUGGAAAAUAGUGAUAAUGAAGCUUUAGGUAUAAUUAUUGGAGAAAAAAUAUGGCGAUUUAUUCGAAGCCGGGAAUUACGUUAUCAUGUAGCUGAUAAUGCUGAUUUAAUUGUAACAACAGAACCAAAAGGAAAUCUUCAUCUUGGUUUAUCAAUAAGUCCAAUUGGAGCUGUUGAAGAGGGACGUGGUAAAAUGAAAAAUUAUAUGCCAAUAAUGGCAAUGAUGAUGGCAAAAAUGGGAAUGGUAACAGCAUUAUUUUUAAAAGGUUUAAUGUUAUUAACUGGUAAAGCAUUAAUUGUAUCAAAAUUAGCUCUAAUAUUAGCUGUAAUUAUUGGUUUAAAAAAAUUAUUAAGUAAAAAACAUGUUACAUAUGAAGUUGUAGCACAUCCACAUCAUCAUGAACCACAUCAUGAUACAUAUAGUACUGGUUGGGGUAGAGCAUUAGAUGGAUUUUUAGAUGGUGUAGCUGAAUUACCAGCAAAAAUUCUUGAUUCACAUGAGAUGGCGUAUAGUGGACAAAAGCCUGAAAAUAAUUUUUAG